GAACUCGCUGAUGAAUUGAUCUUGGAGAACAAUGGUCAGGAUUACCUCUCUCACAACGGAGUUAGGGAUUGAGCCCGUCGCUGUCGUUCCUCACGGAUGAUAGUUUGGCCAUGCGACCCUCAUGGAUAGCCAGCAAGCUGUAUAAGUAAGUACGACAACAUCGACAGCGGCAGAAGCAGAAACAGACAGUUCUUUCACAUCGCGUUCAAAACAACCCAACGACAAUCUCAUCUCCAGACUACAUCCAUCAGCAUGCCUGCUCCUACCAACCCAUUCCAACCUUACGCCGAAAGAUACCUCGACUACUCGAACGGCAAUGAUGCUAGACCCACAGCUCUUGAUGUCGUCAAAGAUCUUAACCUCGUUGACAAGCUCCAAGACAAAGUCAUUCUCAUCACAGGAGCAUCAGCCGGUCUUGGAAGCGAAACAGCUCGCGCUUUGCACGCAACUGGAGCCAAGCUCUAUCUCACCUUCCGUGAUAAGGCCAGAGGUCAAGCAAUUGCUGAAGAGCUCAUGGGUAGCAACCCUCAUGGAAAACGCCCAACCUUGAUCGAGAUGGAGCUCGCAAGUCUCGAUAGCGUCAGGGAAGCAGCCAAGCAGUUUCUCGACCAGGAGAAACGUCUUGAUAUUCUCAUCAACAACGCUGGCAUCAUGGCAGUGCCUGAAGGUCGUACCGUCGACGGCUUCGAGACGCAGCUCGGCGUCAACCACUUUGGGCAUUUCCUGUUCUUCCAGCUUCUCAAGCCUGUAUUGCUCGCCAGCGGUACCUCCGAGUCUCCAAAUCGUGUGAUCACCCUCUCGAGCGCUGGACACAAAGCCAAUGGAAUCUUCUUCGAGGAUCUUGACAUGAGCAAGCAAAGAUAUCAGCCCAUGAUCGCAUACGCUCAAAGCAAGACCGCAAACAUCUACAUGGCCAACUCUAUUGAACGCCAUUAUGGUGCCCGUAACCUCCGUGGAUUGUCCGUCCACCCCGGCCUCAUCUUCACCACACAGCUCGGCCGCCAUAUGUCUGCAGAAGAGAUGGAAGCGUUUGCUCCAAUGGCACAUCUUGCGAGAUCUCCCGAGCAGGGUGCAGCUACGUCUGUUUGGGCGGCUCUGUCUCCCCAUUUCGACAGUCGUGGUGGCCUUUAUCUUGCAGAUGCCGGUGUAUCGAGCUCUGCCGGCGAGGACGAGAACUUCGGUGGUCCCGGAUACGCUCCUCAUGCAUACGCUGAGGACGCCGAAGAGAAGUUGUGGAAGCUCAGCUACAAAGCUGUUGAAUUGCAGGAUGAGGAGUAGAUUUUGUCUCUCAGGGUAACAUCUAUAUCAGCACAUAAUCAACUUGUAUCGCAAUAAUUCGUAUCCAG